AUGCAAUCAUCAUUCUUUUUGAUAUACUUUAUUAAAUUUAAGCCUACGAAAUCUACAUAUGAAAAUUUGAAAAUAAUAUGCAGAGAAUUUUUAUUUAUGCUCAUUUCAGCCUCUUUUUUACUAUAUAGUUUUGAAUUUAGUUAAGAUAAUUUAUUGGUUGGAUUCAUAUUGGUAUGUUUUGUGCCAUUUUGGCUUCCAAUUUGUUCAUAGAUUUAUCUUAACAAAUCUUGA